CAUUGAUGUAAGAAAAAGACAACACAGAAAGAAGUAAUAACAGUCCAAGAAGUGCUAUGGCUGUAAGCACAUUGAUUCAAGCCCCCUUGAUGGGAAAGGACUUCCUUCAGUCCUCACACAUUCCGUUUUGGGGCGGCGACAGUGGCAAUGGCCUUGACGAGGCAUUUAAGACCACCUUCCAGACGGACUUCAACUCCUUCGCCACCCUUCCCAAGAGAUUCGCCAUCUCUCGCCCCACCCCUGCCCAGGUCGAGCACAAAGACCUGCAUUGGAUCAAGGAGUAUCUGACGGAAGCGGUCAAGUCAUAUCCCCACCACCCACGGAUCCCCCUCAGCCGCACCCCUGCUUGGACUAAGCUGUGCACCAACUUCCAGAUGCAUAAAGACCCCAGGCAGCUCAACUUCCUCACCACCCAGGCAGAGGGCUUCCAGCACCUGGCCUCAUCCCACACCAAACCCAUCCGGCCAGUCAUGGCCAUCAAGAAGAAACAGCUGGAGGAGAAGCUUCCUGUGACCACUCAUAAAGCCUUGUUCACAGAAUACAACGUGUCGCCCAUUGUCAAAGCCAAGGUCAAACACCUAGAGCGAGAACCCACCUUUAAAUGGGACACGGAUGCCCACCACUUUGACUCCCACUACAAAAAUGCAUUCCAGGGACAAUGGCACAGCCCACCUCAACCUGUGGAGAAGCAAUUCCACUCCUCAGUGACAAUGGGAGACCCACAGAAGAUUCUGGAAACUGAAACCACCCAGGAUGUGUCCUUUAGCCACCCCGGCAACCCUAGUCCAGUCAAUGUGAAGGAACGUUUGAAGGUCAAUCUUGGGGAUUUGUCUGAAAACAAAUGGACAUCUACUAUGGCUGAUGCGUUUCGUGAGGCCAAGUCAGCCCCUGUUCUACUGAUGCAAAGGAACAAGACUCUCAGCUCAAUCCCCAGAGGGGACACUGAUCCUGGGCGCAACCGACUGAGGAUGAUGACCACAACCAAUGGCUUUUUCUUCUCUGAGCAGAACCACAGAGAGCAGCCGGUGCAUUUCAGUGGAGCCAACGUGAGGACCAGGAGCAAUGUGGAGUUGGGCAGACCCAGUCUGGGAGGCCUGUUCUACAGCACCGCAGCCCAGGAAGACUACCCCAAGAGGGACAUAAAUCGAGCUAGGCCGCACACCCAUCCCUCUGGCCACGUGCUAGCCGGCCAAGAGCCUGGACCAGCCUUGACUACUGUUCAAAGGGACUUCCUCCCACUAAACUCCAGGAGGCAGGAACUUAGCCCAAGACAACUUCGUCAGAUUAAAUUCAGCCACAUCACCGCUCCAUACAAUGAGCAACACUUCAGCACGACCCAUAAGGAGGCUUUUGGGCCCAAGCAUCUCUCCAGGACCUGCCUGGACAAUCCACCUAGACAACACAUUAGCCACAUGCCUUUCUGAAGAGACCACAG